UAUUAACUUCAUAAUCACGCCAUAUUCUCUGUAUAAAUCAAUGAAAAGGACUGCUCGACCGAAUCGAAGUGAAUUAUCUCUUGUGCCCACUGCGAAAGAUUGUUCAAAGAGGGACUUUUCUUCAUUGUUUCUGGAAUUAUUUCUUGCAAUGACUUUGCUAAGUCAAAGUAAUAAAGUGUGCACUGACUUAAAAAAAGAGAGAUCAAACCAUUGGCCACGGCAAUGACUGUCCAAAUUGCGAAAUUCAUUUCACAGACUGUUACGUAAGUCAAAGUAAUAAUAUAUAUAGAGAGAUGGAGAUGGCCGAUAUAGAAUGUACAAAACCAUCACUUUGUGUAUAAUCUUGAAAGAGGAUGAGAGGCUCCAUCGUUCAAAGCACUCUUCUCUGUUUGUUCUUCUUUAUUUCCAGUUUCCUCACUGCUUUUGCUUCCCCCCCUACCACUCGCUUGUGCCUCCCCGACCAAAGGGAUGCUCUCUUGGAGUUCAAACACCUUUUCCACGUACAGAAGCAGUCAUUUUAUUAUGACCCGUAUGUUGAGGGAAUUGUGCCUGUCUUUUACCAUUACACACACCUUCUUGGAAGAAAUCUGGCAUGUUAUCCCAAGACAAAGUCAUGGGGGAACACCACCACCACUGACUGUUGUUCCUGGGAAGGUGUCACGUGCCAUCCCAAGUCCGGCGAGGUGAUAGGGCUCGAUCUUAGCCUCAGCUGUCUCAGUGGCCGCUUCCAUUCCAACAGCAGUCUCUUAAUUAGGCUGCCACAUCUUCGGACUCUGAAUCUGGCUUUCAACAACUUCAGCUAUUCUCCAAUGCCGUCUGAGUUGGGCAAACUGGUGGGGUUAACACAUCUCAACCUCUCUUAUUCAUCCUUCUCAGGCCAAGUUCCGACCGAGCUUCUCCAUCUUACCAAGUUGGUAUCCCUCGAUCUUUCUUAUAAUUCACUUUACCCUGAGAAAUCCUUUCUUAGUAAAAUUGCCCAGAACUUGACUCACCUUGGAGAUCUCCAUCUCAGUUAUCUAAACAUUUCUGCUGUCAUUCCCCACAACCUCUUGAACCUUUCCUCCCUCACUUCCCUCUCUCUAGACCGUUGCGGUCUGAUUGGUGAAUUUCCUGGCGAUAUUCUGCGAAUGCCUUCCAUUCGAUCCGUUCUUUUGUCUGUUAAUGAGGAUCUGCGAGGCCACCUCCCUGAUUUUUACGGUAACGACUCUCUCGUAACGUUGGAUCUCUCUCACACUUCCUUUUCGGGUGGGUUUUCAAAAUCUAUAGGCAACCUCAAGCAUCUGGGAGCUCUGUCACUUCGUGACUGCAAUUUCUCAGGGAGGAUUCCGUCUUCGAUCGGAAACCUCUCGUAUCUCACCACCCUCGACCUUUCAUAUAAUGAAUUUACCGGUGGGUUUCCUUCCUCCAUUUUCGACCUAAACCAACUGUCCUACCUGGAUGUUUCCAGGAACAGGCUCAGUGGCAGCUUUCCCCUUGGAAUAUUGAAUCUAACAAAGCUGUCUCAUAUACAUCUCAGCGAUAAUGAGUUGACAGGCUCUUUCCCACCAAACAUGACUUCCCUCUCCGAUUUGGAGGAAUUCGAUGCAUCUGGGAAUCGUUUUGUGGGAGCUUUCCCUUCUUCUCUACUCGAGAUCCCUUCAUUGACUUAUAUUGAUCUAAGUGGAAACCAACUCAGGAACUUCGCCGAUUACGGGAACAUCCCUCCGACAUCUGGACUAGAGAAUUUAUACAUGGGAGAUAACAAUUUCAGCGGACCCAUCCCCAUGGCGUCCAUUUCAAAAUUAGUCAACCUCCAAGUGCUUGUCCUUUCAAGGUGGAACACGGGAGGGAACGCCCUUGACGUCAGCCCUUUGUAUCAUCUCAAGUCCCUUGUAUAUCUCGACUUAUCAGAUCUGAAGAUGACAACUGCACUUGACUUGAGCCUAUUCUCUCCCCUUCAAAGGCUGGGCAGAUUGGAUAUCUCAGGCAACCAUGUUUCAACCACCAACAUUACUUCCGCUUCUGAUUUCUCUCAGCAGUUGGAAGAAUUGUAUAUGUCGGGCUGCAACAUCACUGAGUUUCCCCUGUUCCUAGGAACCCAACGAGACUUGUAUUGGUUAGACCUUUCCAACAACAUGAUCAAAGGCCAAGUGCCCGACUGGUUAUGGAUGCUACCAAUGUUAAAAUCCCUCAACAUCUCUCACAACUUUCUCAGCAGUUUCCAAGCAUCAUCAUCCCAGCAAAUGUUUCCCCAAUCACAGCUUUGGAUAAUAGAUGUAAGUUGGAAUGAUUUCCAAGGACCACUCUUCAUCCCUCCUUCUCACUCCAUUCAGUAUUUGGGGGGAUCCAACAACAAUUUCUCCGGAGGGAUUCCCCAAUCUGUAUGUUCCCAGACAUAUCUACAAUUCCUCGAUUUGUCACACAACAACUUCGACGGCUCUGUUCCACGGUGUUUGGGGAAUACCAUUGGAUCUCUCAUUGUUUUGAGUCUUCGUCACAACCGACUCAGCGGAACUCUUCCAGACAUUUUUGUUGAUGCCAACGAAUUGAGAUCAAUUGAUCUUAGCGGCAACCGGUUGGAGGGAAAACUUCCUAAAUCUUUGAUCAAUUGCAGCAGUCUGGAGGUUUUGAAUGUGGCAAGCAAUCGAAUCAAAGACACGUUCCCCUUCUGGCUGAACUCUUUGAAAGAGCUACAAGUUCUUUCCCUCCGUUCCAACGAAUUUCAUGGUGAGGUUUAUCUUCCCGAGUUUCCUUUUGGAUUUCCGAAGCUGCGAGUUAUCGACAUUUCGAACAAUCACUUCAAUGGAACUCUGUCGCCAGACUAUUUUGUUGGUUGGGACGCAAUCUCUUCGACGGGGUCAAGUGAUGUUCCGCUGGGGUCCAUGUCUAUUCCAAUGAAUGGGAGUCAUUACCAGGACUCUAUAGUUUUGACGAAUAAAGGGAUAGAGUUGGAGUACGAACGGAUCCUCAAAACCUUCACAACCAUCGAUUUUUCAAGAAAUGCAUUCCGAGGAGACAUCCCCGAGUCCAUCGGUUUACUGAAAGAACUUUACGUGCUCAACUUGUCAAGCAAUGCUUUCAUGGGUCAUAUCCCCACAUCGCUGGCAAACCUGACAAAGCUCGAAUCACUAGACAUGUCCCUCAACAAUCUUUCCGGCAGAAUACCUCCGGAGCUCGGGAGCCUCACGUUUCUGGAGCGCAUGAACUUCUCCUACAACAAGCUAACAGGUCCGAUUCCAAAAGGCACGCAGUUUGGUACACAAAACAGUUCGUCUUUCGAACACAAUCUCGGACUAUGCGGCCCUCCUCUAGACCAAGGCCUUCUAUUCGGAGUGACUCUCGGCCAUAUCGGGUUUUCGUAUAAGCGCGAAUGGCUGAUGAAGAUUUUCGGCCUGACUCGUUAA